AUGAAUCACAAUCAAAAGCCUGUCACGGAUGACAACGCCAUCAUCGAGAAAGAUGUCGGCAUUGAUCAGCUCGAGCGGGCUGAAACUCAGGUGUCAAUUGAUUCGGAUAAGGUCAACGAUGCUCGCAUCGCAGCCUUCACCCCGGAGGAACAGAAGAAGAUUAUCAGACACAUCGAUAGACGACUAGUUCUAACCCUCGGAUUUCUCUAUUGCGUUUCCUUGAUGGAUCGAACCAACACUGGCAUCGCUGUCGUUGCUGGUAUGGGCGUGGACCUCGUGCUCAUCGGCAAUCGAUAUUCCGUUAUUGUCCUCCUCUUCUUCGUUACGUAUGUCCUUCUGCAGCCACCUGCUACGGUCGUGUUGCGCAAAGUCGGACCACGUAUCUUCCUCCCAACCAUCACCCUGCUCUGGGGUAUCACCAUGAUCUGUUUUGGAUUUGUCAAGGAUUGGUAUGAUCUCAUCCCAUUGAGAUUGGUCCUAGGAGUCUUCGAGGCUGGUUUCUUCCCUGGAUGCGCGUACCUGCUUAGUUGCUGGUAUCCUCGCUACGAAUUGCAGAAGCGAAAUGCAGUUUUCUAUUUGAUUGGAUCGAUGGCUUCUGCCUUUUCUGGCAUUCUUGCCUACGGAUUCUCCCAGCUCAAGAACCACGGUUCAGGACCAAAGUGGUGGGGACAACAUUACGGCCCUACUGCCGAAAAUCCAACUGCACCUUCUGGCAUUCUUCCUGGAAUUGCCGGCUGGCGAUGGAUCUUUAUCCUCCAAGGCGUUCUCACCUGCGUAAUGGCCAUCUUUUCGUAUCUGGUCAUCGUGGACUUUCCCGAACUUUCUACCAACAGUUUUGGUCUGAAAUUCCUCACUGAGAAAGAAGCUGCCUUUGUGGUCGCUCGCAUCGAGAAGGAUCGCCAUGAUGCCAUUCCAGAGGAAUUCAAAUUGGGCAAAUACCUCAAGUCUGGUCUGGAUUUGAAAGUCUGGGGGUUUGCUGCCCUCUUCGGUCUUACCACCACAAACACCUAUGCGAUCGCCUACUUUCUACCCAUCAUUUUGAAUGAGGGUAUGGGAUUCGACGUUGCCGCGUCUCAGUGCCUCAUCUCCCCACCCUAUGUGCUUGCUGCCAUUGUCAUGUACCUCUUCGCGUAUCUCGGAGAUAAAUGGCACCUCCGGUCGCCAUUUAUUCUCAUCAAUGGUUGCCUACUUCUAAUUGGCCUUCCUCUUCUGGGCUAUCUUGACAAUGUCGGAGUUCGCUAUUUUGGCGUCUUUAUUGCCACGACAGCCUGUAACGCCAACGUUCCCUGCGUGCUCACCUGGCAAGCGAACAAUAUCCGAGGUCAGUGGAAGCGUGCACUUUGCUCUGCGACCUUGGUAGGGGCUGGAGGUAUUGGUGGUAUCAUCGGAAGCACAGUCUUCCGUUCGCAAGAUAAGCCGGAAUACCAUCCCGGUAUUCUGACGUGCAUGAUCUCCAGCGGAUUGAUCAUUCUUAUCACUCUGGCCCUCGACUACAAAUUCUGGAAAGCGAACAAGCGAGUUGAUGCCGGUGGCAAGCCUAUCGAGGGUCUCCGAGGAUUCAAAUAUACAUAUUAA